CUGUCAACGGAGAAACAUACGUGGGAAAAUUGACACCUGCAAGGGCAGGAUGAGUAUUAUCUAGACCCUAGCACCAAUAAAGCACGAGCGAUAUAUGUGGACCCUGCUUAUCUUGAAUGACCGAGACACUGGAAAGAUCUUUGUUGUGUGGACCAUCCUGGUCCCUUCACUCAGUAGUAGCGCUGUGCGUGAGAAUUAGGUAAAUGUUCACUCUUAUUUAGACUUGUUCCGGUACACGUCAAGUGUCAAGUGAACUAUGGCUACCUGUGUGUCAGUCUAGUGCCUGGUUUCAGUGGAUGUCCUUAUGAAGGUGUGGACAGGAUUAUCAGGAUGACGAAUGACGGCAGUAGAGAGCCAUGGAAUACGACUGACAUGGGGAACGUGACUUCCACUGGGGAGACCAGUCCGCUGAAAGUGGCGACAACAGUGGUACUGACGACAAGCCUUAUCAUCAUAAUGUUGGGCGUCGGAGCCUGCAUCCAGCUCAAAGAAUUAUGGGCUCAUCUGAGACGGCCAUACGGCAUCCUCAUCGGGGCGGCGUCACAAUUUAUCGUGCUGCCUCUGACGGCGUUCGGACUGGGCCAUGCUCUGCAGCUGCCUCCACGGCAGGCGAUAGGGAUGCUGAUCAUGAGCUGUUGCCCGGGUGGAUCCACCUCUAACAUGUUCACGUUGUGGGUGGAUGGAGACGUGCCCCUCAGCCUGACAAUGACCACAGUGAACACGGUUUUGUCAGCCGGAUUUCUGCCACUCAAUCUUCUCAUCUAUAGCCGUUCUUGGACAGACAAGAUAGCAGUUAUCCCUUAUGGCAAUCUAGCACAGGCGUUUGCCAUGAUGCUGAUACCGGCAGUCGUAGGUAUAGCAGUGCGUCACUGGAGACCAAGGGUUGCCGUGUACAUGAUAAAGAUAGGCAGCGCAGCUGGGGCAGUGUCAGUUGUAGCGGCCAUGACACUCAUCAGCCUGCUCUACCCUUUCAUGUACAACUCCUCCUGGAGGAUAUACUUUGCAGUUGUCAUCCUACCAUUCAUCAGUUUUGGGUUCGGGUACGUCACUGCCUUCAUCUUCAGGAUGCCACAUCAUCGGUGUAGAACUGUUGCCAUGGAGACUGGAAUACAAAAUUUUCCGUUUUGCAUGACCCUACUGACCUUGACAUUCAACAAGUCAGAAAUGGGUGAAUUGUCCCUGUAUCCUCUGUUAUUUGGUGUGUUUAUUCUAGUGGACUCAGUAAUCGUGACUUCAAUGUAUAGGGCUGGCGUCCUCAUACACAGUGUGGUGUCAAAGCAGGAGGAGUUUACCCCUGUGUCCACAGACAGCAUUGAACACCAGCCAGAUGACUUAAAACAGUCUUGUUAACAUUCGAGAUGUAGAUAUUGGCUCAACAUCCAUUUUGUUUGAUACAACAAAACUGCUCUCUACAUUAUUUCAGUAGCGACUAGUGCAUUUAGGUAAGAUCAAUUUCAUACAGCUUUCGUUAGGGCUGAAAAUACACUUUGUUAAGACAGGAUACAUAUAUAUCCAUAUUAAGAUUGCGAUAUGACACAAGAAGCGAUACAUACAAAACUCACAACUGGGCUGUACAGUUAAAUCACCCACCCUACAGCCCAGACUUAGCCCCCAGUGACUAUUUCCUGUUCCGGCAAAUGAAAUCUGCCCUACGUGGAAGAGGCUUCCAGGAUG